GUCACCCGGCUACGUCGAUACGGCCUCUUUCAAGAUGGCGUGCAGGCGCAUCCUCUGACCCGGAAGCAUUGGUUGGGAAGGAGGGGAAGAAAAUGGCGUGGAGCUGUUGUGCCCCAGUGAGGCAGGAAUUGUGGGGCUGUCGGAGCCGGGCACGAAGGUUUACUUUGUAUCCAUAUACACAACAGAGAAAUGGGUUCAGAAGACAAGCACAGAAGAGUGAUCCUCAUAGCUCAAAUGUGGAAGCUGGUACUAAACCACAGAAAAGUGGUUUGUCUCCUACAGUUCAGGACCCAGCCUUUCAAAAGUCUUCUCAUUCAGUGAAGAAGCUUGUGAAGCCGCUCAUCUUUACAGUUGGGUUUUCAGGCUGUGCUUUUGGAUCAGCGGCUAUUUGGCAAUAUGAACAUCUCAAAGCUAGGGUCCAGAACUAUUUUGAAGAUGCUCGAGCAGAUUGGAUGGACAGAAUACGACCACAGAAAAGGCUGAAAUUCAGAAAGCAGGUUAAGCUCUGGUGGGACAGUCUGAGCCGCGGUCAAAGGGCUGUGUCAGGCAUAAUAGCUGCAAAUGUCUUAGUAUUCUGUUUAUGGCGGAUACCUUCUUUGCAUCGUAUAAUGAUCACAUACUUCACAUCUAAUCCCGCUUCUCAUGCUUUAUGUUCUCCCAUGUUGCUGUCAACAUUUAGUCAUUUCUCGUUUCUGCACAUGGCAGCCAACAUGUAUGUUUUGUGGAGCUUUUCAACCAGCAUAGUUUCUCUUCUGGGACGUGAGCAGUUCAUGGCGUUAUACUUCUCUGCUGGGGUUGUUUCCACAUUUGCCAGUUAUGCCUGCAAAAUAGCCACAGGAAGAUUUGGUCCAUCACUUGGAGCUUCAGGUGCUAUAAUGACAGUCCUUGCAGCAGUAUGUACGAAGAUACCAGAAGCCAAGCUAGCUAUAAUAUUUCUUCCGAUGUUCACAUUCACAGCUGGAAAUGCUUUGAAAGCCAUUAUUGCACUGGACAGUGCGGGGCUUUUGUUGGGAUGGAAGUUCUUUGAUCAUGCAGCACAUCUUGGGGGAGCUCUCUUUGGCAUGUGGUAUGUAACAUACGGGAAUAAUCUUAUAUGGAAUAACAGAGAACCAGUGGUGAAGGCUUGGCAUACAAUGAGGACUUGGGCCAGAAAGAAAUGAAGCAGGACCCCUGGAUUUUAGAAGAUACUUGUACAGAUGUGUGCUACUUGGAAGAGAGGCCAGUGGAUUAGUUAUUGCAUAACUGGACAGCAAAUACUGGGAUCUUUAAUUCCUGAUGUCAUAACCCACACUUGAAUAUAAAUGUAUUUGGUAUAAAAUAUGAUAUAAAGGAGACAAUAAAGAUUUGUAUUUUAUUGC